AUAAGAGGUAUAUACCGGUUCACCAUGCAGUUACUGAUAUGAAAAUGUCUGGGGCGUACAGCCAUUUUAAAGAGGCUUUGUUUAUGUUUUGAUUAUUAGCAUAUUUAUAUUCUUGUAAAUAUGGAUAUGAGGAGUAAAAGAUUGGCUUUCUUUCCUCCUUCAUUUAAAAAAUGCAAGUGCAAAGACUGCUAUGGAUAUGAGAAGUAUGUAAAAGAGGGGUCCCAAGUGAAUCAUAGUGUUUUACAAACAAAAAGUGGAUGUAAAAACGAUUUGUUUCACCAGACUCUGGUUUUGGGAGAGACAGCAUUAGUGUCUAGUGACUAUGAAUCAAAUUCUUCGCUAGCUGAUAUGUCGGAGUUUAAUUAUUCGUUAGAGACAAUUAACCCAGCACAACGUUGGUCCAGUACUGGAAAUAUUCCAAGCAUUGGUAAUAGAAAUGGAGCAUUUGGCAAAUCAAAGAGUGCCAGUGGAUUUCCUGCAAACUACUCAGAAUGUUCCUGCCAUGACAAAAAGACCCGUCCCAUUGUUUAUGUAACAUUUGCAAGUGGCAGCAAAAGACACGAGGACGAAGUUGCAUCCCUUUGUGACAUGUGUGACAAGGCCGGCUUUGCCGUCAAGUGUGACAAUUACAGAGCUUUGCAAGAAAAGGGUGAACUAAACGUUCACCAAUGGAGAGACGAAAACUUCCAACGUGCUGACUGUGUCUUGUUUUGCAUCUCUCCUGGAUACAUUGACAUUGUUAAUUCAAUAGAAGACGAUUUGGCCUCGGCAGGAGAGAACGACCAUGAAAAGGGAGCAAUUUACAUCUAUAAUCUCGCGCGCAGUGAAUUGGUGGAGUGUUGUUCCAUUGACAAGAGAUUUCUGUUCGUAUUGUUUACAAAUUCAGGGAAAGAACUGAACGUCCCACAGUGUUUUUCGCCGUAUACAAAAUUUAAAUUCCCUGGUCAGUCCGAAACAUUGGUGAUGGCAAUGCAAAACCGCUACCAAGGCAGCAGAUGACUGGCUUGUGAUUUCAAAUGAUGAAAUACUUGACAAAAUUAUGUGCUUUCUACCUUGCAAUAUUAGGAUUGCAUUGUCAAAUCAAAUUGUAAA